AUGAAGCUGAAAAAACUUCUAAGGAAGUUUGAUAGGACCGAUUCAAUCCAUUACACUAGUCACGACGGAAGAACCCUGAAUAAGACGUCGCAGGAAACAUCAGAUGGUUCAGACGUUGUUGAAUCUGUACCAUUCAGUUCGCUCAACUUCUGGCAGCCAGUGAAGCAGGUAGUUCCCAGUCUUAAAGGCACUGAAGCCCGAGCUCUGAAAAAAUGGGAAUUCGCUAUAUUCUCGAAGUACAUGGACCAUCUCUACUUUUUUCGAUUGAGAUCGCACAUCGGUGCUGAACGGGCAGAUGACAGCGACUUCUUGCAGGCAGAGACACCGAUCAACGAUGACUCAUUUCAAAGAGAAAACGUUAAGGCUGAAAUUGCUCGACAGACGACCUCAGCAGAGGGCUUAGAGCCAAAAGCAAUGCCACAACGUUUAAACAUCCGCCAAACCGUACUUGAACUUACGGAUACUUUCCUCUCCGAGAGUGAUGUGUACCGUCACCACAGGGUACACCUUCGGACAAUUGCAUGCAGUUUCGUCCGCCAGCAUUGGCCUGCACUGAAACGGACGUGUCAUGCUGUUGCGCAUCAUUCGGAAUGGAGGAUCAGGCGGAUAUUCGCAUUCUCAAUGCAUGAAUUGGCGCCGGUGUUGGGCCCUAAAGUCUCAGAAGAGGAUCUGCUGCCCAUCUGCAUAAGUCUUCUGCACGACCUCGACAAAGUGAGGAUCGGCAUCUUGUACAAUCUGUAUGAUUUUGUGAAACUGCUGAAUAAAAACGCACGCCGGGCAUUGCUUGGCAAUUUGGCGGAUUUCCUACACAGAGACAACGUUCGUGACUGGCGUUUUCGACACCUCUUUGCUCAGAAACUCAUUCCCUUAUGCGCCUUGUACGAAAGUGAAGACAUUAACAAAUAUAUCAGUCCUAUUGCCAUGAUGUUGGCCGUCGAUUCGGUGGAUGAGGUUCGUCGCAUGGCUUUCAAACUCGUGGGCACAGUUUUCAAGUGCUUCAACGACAGGGAGAAAUUGGUCGGAGAAACUCUUCCGAUGACAGACAGAUUUCUAGAAGAAAUUGUAAGCUGCUUUGCCUAUUCACGUCAUUGGAGACGCAGACAAACGUUUGCUUAUAUAUGUGACGAAGUGAUGCAUCAGAAGUCAUUUACAGCAGAAAAAUUCAACGAUGCUCUGUUCCCUGCCUUACUGGAAUUGGCGUCGGAUCGAAUCCCUAACAUCAGAAUCGCUGUGGCGAAGGUUCUGUCUAAGAAUACAGACUAUUUUGUAAAAAGCAUGAUGACAGUCGAUUUUGAAGCAGUGCUAAAAACGUUGGCCGACGACUGCGAUGAUGACGUCAGAACAUGGGCAACCUUCAAGUCACACCUUUGCGUCUCUUGCAAAGGUGUCGAAAGUUAA